CAAGGCACUUUUACUGGGAACUGCAUGCGGACAAAAAGGGGUUUUGCAGAGGAUUCGCCUGACAAAUAGGUACUGAUGGGGGUGGAGUGGAGGAGGGGCUGGGAAUUAACUUUCCAGCGCAGUACUCAGGCUCGGGCCACUCUGCUUGAGUCCAAGCCCGGAGCUCCACCCUCGGGGCGAGCUCCUGGCCACUUAAGCCCCGCCCCCUCCCGGCAGUCAGUCAGCCUGGGGCUCCGCAGCCACCUGCCGGCCCCCCUUGGUCCCCUGGGUUGCCCGCAGUCUUUACCUGGGGCUGGCCUGCCCACCUGAGCCCCGCCCCGUCCAGCUCUAGACCCCCAGCGCUUGGCUCUUCGCUACUCGCUUUGGGGCCUCCCACCCAGGGGCGUUCGGAGGCCACGCCCCUUUCGAAUCCCAACACCCUAGCGCCCUGUGAUGUCACAGAAGCUUUGAUACAAAGAAACCUUCGGCCCACGCGGGUCGCCCCAGCAACGGGAGAGGGUGGGGGCGGGGCCGGGACCGGGGCAGUCGCCGCCUUCAACAGUUGCGGAAAGGACUGGGAAGAGUAGAAGGAGGAGGAACAGGAGAAGGGAGAAGCAGGGGAAGAUUGUUCCAGGCUGUACGCACGGCAUCCUUCUCCUCCUCCUGGUACUGCCGGGGCUGCCUCCUGCCUCCGGGGCUGCGGAAUGCACUCGCCCCCAGCUCCUCCGAGCCAGGGCAGCGAGAUCCGGGACCCUGCCUACGUGGAUAGUGAGAAUACCCUUGGAGAGUCCGACCUCUUUCCCGAGGACGAGGCCAUGACGCUGGCGCAGCACGAAGUCCUUCAUGAAUCUGACAUGGACAGCGCCAUUGACAGUGCCCCGAGUCUGGAAGUAUCUGACAUGAGUCCGGGAGAGGAGAAGGACGGGGUCCUCGGAGGCCUCUUUCUUCCAGGCGAUAAAUCAUUUAUCCCCAACCCAUCUGCGACAUCCGAUCUCUCCACACACUCAACAGCCUCCCUCAUCAGUAAUGAAGAGCAAUUUGAAGACUACGGGGAAGGGGACGAUGUGGACUUCAACCCCAGCAGCCCCUGCCCCGAUGAUGAGACGAGAACCAACGCCUACUCUGACCUGGGGUCCUCCGUGUCUUCCAGUGCAGGACAGACCCCUAGAAAAACGAGGCAUAUCUACAACAAUGAACUGCUGGAUGUCUACUGCUCUCAGUGCUGUAAGAAAAUCAGUCUGCUGAAUGAUUUGGAAGCCAGGCUGAAGAAUCUGAAGGCCAACAGCCCCAACCGGAAGAUCUCUAGCACAGCAUUUGGACGACAACUCAUGCACAGCAGCAAUUUCAGCAGUAGUAACGGCAGCACCGAGGACCUGUUCCGGGACAGCAUUGACUCCUGUGAUAAUGACCUCACAGAGAAGGUGAGCUUCCUGGAGAAAAAGGUGACCGAGCUGGAGAAUGACAGCCUGACCAACGGAGACCUGAAGAGCAAAUUGAAACAAGAGAACACUCAGCUUGUCCACAGGGUACAUGAGCUGGAAGAGAUCAUGAAAGACCAGGAGACGAUGGCGGAGCAGACCCUGGAGGAGGAGAUCAGACGGCAUCGGGAGUUAUUCAGCAAACUCGAGAAGGAGAAGAGCACCGAGAUCGAGCUGCUAAACACAAGGGUACAACAGGUAGAAGAAGAGAACACAGAACUGAGAACCACAGUGACCCGUCUAAAGUCCCAGACGGAGAAAUUAGAUGAGGAGCGGCAGAGGAUGUCUGACCGGCUGGAAGACACCAGCCUCCGGCUCAAGGAUGAGAUGGACUUGUAUAAGCGGAUGAUGGACAAGCUGCGGCAGAACCGGAUAGAGUACCACAAGGAGCGCGAGGCCACUCAGGAGCUCAUUGAAGACCUGAGGAAGGAGCUGGAGCACCUUCAGCUCUACAAACUGGACUGUGAGCGGCCUGGCCGGGGAAGAAGCUCCUCUUCCAGCAUGAGCGAAUUCAAUGCAAAGGCCCGGGAAAUUGAACUGGAACAUGAGAUCAAGCGUCUCAAGCAGGAAAACCAGAAGCUCCGAGAUCAGAAUGACGACCUGAAUGGGCAGAUUUUAAGUCUCAGUCUUUAUGAAGCGAAGAAUCUCUUCGCCACUCAGACCAAGGCCCAGUCUUUGGCAGCGGAGAUCGACUCGGCCUCCCGGGACGAGCUUAUGGAAGCUCUCAAAGAACAGGAGGAGAUCAACUACCGGCUGAGACAGUAUAUGGACAAGAUCAUUCUCGCCAUCCUGGACCAUAACCCUUCAAUCCUGGAGAUCAAAAACUGA